AAAAUUUUCCUCUAAUUUGAGAAAAUCAGUUUUAUCAAAAACAAUCUAUUAAGUGUUAUAAGAAUAAUAAUUUGAUUCUUUCUAAAUGCGAAACUCCAGUCGAAUUAUAGAGAACUCUUCCUAAUUAACUGAUUUAAACAAAAUUAUACAAUUUUAUAUAUUUAAAAAAGAAGUCAUUGACAUUUCAAGAAACUUCGAUAAAAAAUUGCAUUUAUUAUUAAUAUUUAUUAUAAUAUUAACCUUUCGAGAAUUAAAUUAAUCAAAAGUAUUUUCGUUCAUUUUUAUAUGACAUCAACGAACGACAUACAACCUCGAAUCAAGUAAUAUGUAAUCGUAUAGUAAUUAGCGAGCGACUAAUUAUCAUUUAUCGGAAAUAUAUGUAUCAGAGGAAAAAGAAUAUUUUGUAUUAAGUAAAUUUUUCCGCGUGUCAUGUAAUAAUACUUAAUUGCGAAAAAUUAAAAGAGUUACAACCGGUUGACACCUCCCAUUUUUCUUCCUGUCUCUUGAGGUUGUCUAUAAAAAAAAAAAAAAUUAUCAUACGUGUCUCUUCUCACAAGUAUCAUAAGCCUAAAAAGGUAGGGGAAUUCUUGUGGUGUCUCGAUGAAGAAUAGUCAAUUGGAUAGAAACCUGCACUCGUCAGUGAACGCUCGCUCGCCUUUCUAACAAGACGGUCAACGUUACGAUAAGUGUUACGCAUUCGUUUAUUUCGUUUUCUCUUUUUUCUUUUCAUUUUUGUUUUACUUUCCAAUCUCCCUUUUCGUUCAAGUACAUGGAAUUUUGCAAUUCAAACGACGCGUGGUAAAAACCUGACGUACGAGUCGCGGUGCAAAAAUGUUCUCCGCUUACGAUAACUAACGAUAACUGGCGGCUCGCAUUUAAAAAGAAUCGACUUGUCAUUUCUUAUAAUGCAUGAUUAACAAUUGUUUGUUCCUUGGCUGUCUAUAGCCCUUUUCAUCAGGGGAGACAAUUUUUGCUUCGUUUAUUUUUCACAUCAUACGCGAGUGAUUUUCAAUUUUCAAAGAUUUGUUCUAUCUCUUCUCGCUGUCCUUUUUUUUUGCAAUAUUAUUAAUCUUGCAAUGUCAAUGACGACGAUAAUAUUUUACGACGACAUAAAGAUGAUGUAAUUAUUAGUACACAUAAGAUACGACUCUGAAUGUAAAACUCGAGAUAGUCGAUAUAUAUUCCAAGGUUGUACUGAUUGGUAUUAGAAAAAUAUUCCGCGUCUUUAAUAUUUGUCUUUGUCGGAUUUCUCGUGUCAUUCAUAUACAAACGAGAACCAAAGUCAAGUUGAUGAGCUUAUAAUGAGCCUUUGAUUCGCUGAUUGUAUUUGAAACCGUCCGAUUAUUCGCGUAUUUGUUAAGUUUCGGAGGCGGGAUCUUGAGCUUAUUUAAACCCGUUUCGAGUUUCGGAGAGUCAAGAUGAAGAAGCGGAUGAAGAGAUUCGUUUUGGCGGAGAAUUCGGAGAAGGAUAAAAACUGGAAGAGCUCGGACAAUUUGUUGGCGCGCAUGGCGUCUAAAAUGAAUCUAAUAAACGUGAAGAAUGAGUUACCGCCAGACAUGCACGAGGAGGUGAAGGAAACGAAGGAGGUGAAGGACACGAAGGACGAGCAAGCGAGUCCGUCACUGGGUUCAGAAACGCCCAGCAUGUCGCAGGGUACGGUGAUGAUUCUGGCGCAAAAUCGGCAAGAGAAGGACUUCACUGUUGCGACUCCCGAGGAGUUUGUCCAUCGUUUCGGAGGCACCAAAGUGAUCAACAAGGUGCUGAUCGCCAACAAUGGCAUCGCUGCGGUCAAAUGCAUGCGCUCGAUUCGACGAUGGUCGUACGAGAUGUUUAAGAACGAGAGGGCUGUGCGUUUUGUGGUGAUGGUCACGCCGGAAGAUCUGAAGGCGAACGCGGAGUACAUCAAAAUGGCAGAUCAUUACGUGCCAGUACCUGGUGGAACCAACAACAACAAUUACGCCAACGUGGAAUUGAUCGUCGACAUCGCGAUACGUACUCAGGUCCAAGCAGUUUGGGCAGGAUGGGGCCACGCUUCGGAAAAUCCGAAACUUCCGGAACUACUCCACAAAAAUAACAUCUGCUUCAUUGGACCAUCCGAGAGAGCCAUGUGGGCGUUAGGUGACAAAAUCGCGUCUAGCAUAGUCGCUCAAACUGCAGAAGUGCCGACUCUUCCUUGGUCAGGAUCGGAAUUGACAGCGCAUUACAGUGGGAAAAAGAUUAAGAUAUCAUCGGAACUUUUCAAGAAGGGAUGCGUCAGCUCUGUAGAGGAGUGUUUAGCAGCUGCCAACAAGAUUGGCUUCCCGAUCAUGGUGAAAGCGAGCGAGGGUGGCGGCGGUAAAGGGAUCAGGAAAGUUGAAAACGCCGAGGAGUUACCCGCUUUGUUCAGACAAGUGCAGACUGAAAUACCCGGCUCGCCGAUAUUUAUCAUGAAACUGGCCAAAUGCGCUCGUCACUUGGAAGUGCAAUUACUAGCUGAUAAUUACGGCAACGCGAUAUCACUGUUUGGACGCGAUUGUUCUAUCCAAAGGAGGCACCAAAAAAUUAUCGAAGAGGCCCCGGCCGUAAUCGCCAACUCAGAGGUUUUCGAAAAGAUGGAAAAGGCCGCUGUGAGACUGGCAAAAAUGGUGGGAUACGUUAGCGCGGGUACUGUAGAAUAUCUAUAUGACACAUCCGGCAGAUAUUAUUUUCUGGAGCUAAAUCCGCGUCUCCAAGUGGAACAUCCCUGUACCGAGAUGGUGUCGGACGUGAACUUGCCAGCGGCUCAAUUGCAAAUAGCUAUGGGUUUGCCGUUACACCACAUCAAGGAUAUACGUCUCUUGUAUGGAGAGACCCCCUGGGGCGAUAAUCCGAUCGACUUUGAUCAGCCACGUCACAAACCUCAACCAUGGGGCCACGUUAUAGCAGCUAGAAUUACCAGCGAAAAUCCUGACGAAGGCUUUAAACCGAGUUCCGGCACGGUGCAGGAGUUGAAUUUUCGAUCAUCCAAGAACGUAUGGGGUUACUUUUCGGUCGGUGCUUCAGGAGGACUUCACGAAUUCGCUGAUUCACAAUUCGGUCAUUGUUUCUCGUGGGGUGAAAACCGCAAUCAGGCUAGAGAAAAUUUAGUCAUAGCUCUGAAAGAAUUAAGUAUCAGGGGCGAUUUUAGGACCACAGUUGAAUACCUCAUCACUCUCCUGGAAACCGAAUCCUUUCAACAGAAUAACAUAGACACCGCUUGGCUCGACCUGCUGAUCGCAGAACGUGUCCGCAGCGAUAAGCCGGACGUUUUGCUGGCUGUCACCUGCGGAGCACUUCAUAUCGCCGAUAGAACGAUCACGGCCGCUUUCACCGGAUUUCAGACGGCCCUGGAAAAGGGCCAAAUACAGGCUAGCAACGAUUUAGACAAUGUUGUCGACGUAGAGCUUAUCAACGAUGGAUACAAGUACAAAGUGCAAGCUGCCAAAUCUGGUCCCAAUACCUAUUUCCUUGUGAUGAACGGUUCUUACAAAGAGGUAGAGAUCCAUCGCAUGUCAGACGGAGGAUUGCUGCUUUCGCUGGACGGUGCGAGUCUUACGACUUACAUGCGAGAAGAGGUGGAUCGUUACAGAAUCAUGAUAGGAAAUCAGACAUGCAUCUUCGAAAAGGAUAACGAUCCAUCUUUGCUAAGAUCACCGUCGGCCGGAAAGUUGAUUAAUUUUUUGGUCGAAGACGGCGGCCACGUGGGCACCGGUCAGGCAUACGCCGAAAUCGAAGUGAUGAAAAUGGUCAUGACCGUUACUGCCAGCGAAGCAGGUAGCGUCUUUUACGUGAAGCGACCUGGCGCUAUACUGGAAGCUGGUACUCUGAUCGCGCAUCUUGACCUGGACGAUCCGUCACUGGUGACGAAAGCGCAAGAAUAUACGGGACAGUUUCUAGCGGCAGCGGUGCUCUCCAUGCCGGAAAAAUUAAAUCAUCUCCAUUCCAAGUAUCGAAACGCUUUGGAAAAUACAUUGGCUGGCUAUUGUUUGCCGGAUCCAUAUCAUUUGCCACGUUUGCGUGAGUUAAUCGAGAAAUUCAUGUAUUCGUUGCGCGAUCCUAACUUACCGUUACUGGAACUGCAGGAGGUAAUUGCAACGAUAUCCGGCCGGAUUCCCAUCUCGGUGGAGAAGAAGAUUCGCAAAUUGAUGUCGUUGUACGAGCGAAAUAUCACGUCAAUCUUAGCCCAGUUUCCCAGUCAACAGAUCGCCGCCGUGAUUGACACGCAUGCAGCAACUCUGUCGAAAAGAGCCGAGCGCGAUGUAUUCUUCUUGACGACCCAAGCUAUCGUACAACUGGUACAGAGAUAUCGAAACGGCAUACGUGGUCGAAUGAAGACCGCGGUGCACGAAUUACUGCGACAGUAUUACUUGGUCGAAAGCCAGUUCCAGCAGGGUCAUUAUGACAAAUGCGUUUCCGCACUGAUAGAGAAGUACAAGGACGACGUGGCGACGGUCACUGGUAUGAUUUUCAGUCACAAUCAAGUGACAAAGAAGAAUGUCUUGGUUACUAUGCUGAUCGAUCACUUGUGGGCCAACGAGCCCGGUCUUACUGACGAGCUCUCAAGCACGUUGACCGAACUGACUAGCCUGAAUCGAACAGAACACAGUCGCGUAGCGCUGAGAGCCAGACAAGUGUUGAUCGCCGCUCAUCAACCCGCCUACGAGCUCAGACACAAUCAAAUGGAGUCUAUAUUUCUCUCCGCGGUGGAUAUGUACGGGCACGACUUUCAUCCGGAAAACUUGCAGAAGCUUAUUCUUUCGGAAACAUCCAUCUUCGACAUUCUUCAUGAUUUCUUCUAUCAUACUAAUCGUGCGGUGUGUAACGCCGCCUUGGAAGUGUACGUGCGACGAGCUUACAUCAGCUACGAUCUAACGUGUUUGCAACACCUGGAGCUGUCCGGUGAGAUGCCGCUGGUAUAUUUCCAGUUCGUUUUACCCAGCAAUCAUCCAAAUCGUCAGGUUCAAUCCUUGGUGGAUUACAGAGCCGGUGCGAUGGCGGCUUUCCAGGAUCUCGAGCAGUUCAGUCAAUACGCGGACGAGGUCUUGGAUAUGUUGGACGAUCUGUCGAGCCCUACGCCGAUGGUGUCAGCGAAAUUGUUGGAGGCGGUGGACGCUGCGGGUAGCGAAUCGCGGCACAGCACGUCCAUCAACGUGUCCUUGAGCAUGGCGGCGGACGGAACGUCAGCCACGACGGCAGUGGCGACGCCCAAUGACAGGGAGUCCGCCGAACCAGUUCACAUAUUGAGUAUCGCAGUCAAGGAAAGCGGUACCGAGGAUGACGCCACAAUGGCCCGAAUGUUUGGAGACUGGUGCGCCAAUAACAAGGAAGAAUUGAUAAACCGUGGCAUCCGCAGAGUGACAUUCGCCGCGCUCAAGAGGAGACAGUUCCCCAAGUUCUUCACCUUCCGUCAGCGAGAGGGUUUCGUCGAGGACAGGAUCUAUCGGCACCUUGAACCCGGUUGCGCCUUCCAAUUGGAAUUGAAUCGCAUGCGAACAUACGAUCUCGAGGCCCUCCCGACGUCGAAUCAGAAGAUGCAUCUGUAUCUAGGCCAGGCCAAAGUCGCAAAGGGUCAACAAGUUACCGAUUAUCGUUUCUUCAUCCGCUCGAUUAUACGGCACUCCGAUCUCAUCACGAAGGAGGCGAGCUUCGAUUAUCUUCACAACGAGGGCGAACGCGUCCUCCUCGAGGCUAUGGACGAAUUGGAGGUCGCGUUCUCGCAUCCUCUCGCGAAGCGCACCGAGUGCAACCACAUCUUCUUGAACUUCGUACCCACGGUUAUUAUGGAUCCGAAUAGAAUAGAGGAGAGCGUGACUAGUAUGGUGUUGCGAUAUGGUCCGAGAUUGUGGAAGCUGCACGUGCGGCAGGCGGAGAUCAAGAUGACCAUAAGGCCCGCACCAGGAAAACCGACCUCGAACGUGCGCCUCUGCAUCGCCAACGACAGCGGUUACAGCAUCGACUUGCAUCUUUACACGGAGGCUACCGAUCCCAAGACGGGUAUCAUCCGUUUCGAGUCUUAUCCACCCACAUCGACGAACGCGGCCAAUUGGAGGCCGGGACCUAUGCACGGGCUACCGAUCUCUACACCGUAUCUGACUAAGGAUUAUCUCCAGGCGAAGAGGUUCCAGGCGCAGAGCGCCGGUACGACUUACGUCUACGACCUGCCGGAUAUGUUUCGGCAACAAGUCGAGAAAUUGUGGCAGAAAUACGUGGAAGAGAGGCCACUGAACGACGGUCAGAAUCCGAUCGUGAUCCCCAAUCCGGUGAUGGACGUGGCGGAGUUGGUGUUAGAGGAAGAACAAUUGGUCGAGCAGAAGCGAUUACCGGGUGAGAACGAUGUUGGCAUGAUCGCCUGGCGAUUGACCCUGCGCACCCCGGAGUAUCCUUACGGUCGGGACGUCAUACUCAUUGCCAAUGAUCUCACGUACCUGAUAGGUUCGUUUGGAAUACGCGAGGAUCUGCUGUUCUGCCGAGCUUCCGAAAGGGCGAGGCAGCUCAGAUGUCCGCGGAUAUAUUUCUCCGCCAAUUCUGGCGCCCGUAUCGGUCUGGCCGAAGAGGUAAAGGCCCUCUUCAGGAUCGCGUGGGAGGACGAGAACGAGCCGGAGAAGGGCUUCAAGUAUAUCUACCUCACACCGGAUGAUUACACGCGCUUGGCGUCUUUCAACUCGGUCAAGGCCUCGCUGAUCGAGGAUCCCGCGGGCGAGUCCCGUUACAGGAUCACGGACAUCAUCGGCAAGGACGACGGCUUAGGAGUGGAAAAUCUCAAGUACGCUGGUCUGAUUGCUGGCGAAACGUCCCGGGCUUACGACGAGAUCAUCACCAUCUCCAUAGUGUCUUGCCGCGCGAUCGGUAUCGGCAGUUAUCUGGUGCGUCUCGGCCAGAGGGUGAUACAGAUCGAGAAUUCGCACAUUAUUCUGACUGGUUACCGGGCGCUGAACGCCGUACUGGGUCGCGAGGUUUACGCCAGCAAUAAUCAGCUAGGCGGUACUCAAAUUAUGCACAACAACGGGGUGUCUCACGCGACCGAUGCCCGGGACAUGGACGGAGUCGCGACCGCCUUGAAGUGGCUCACUUACUUCCCCAGGAACAAGGGCGCCUCGUUACCGAUUCUCCUGCCCAUCACGGAUCCGAUCGAUCGUGAAAUCGCUUAUAUGCCCACGAAGACGGCCUACGAUCCAAGGUGGAUGCUAGAAGGCAGACACUGCAGCGAAUCGAAUUGGGAGAGCGGCUUCUUCGACCGAGGAUCGUGGCACGAAAUAAUGAGGCCGUGGGCGCAAACGGUGGUGACCGGACGGGCCAGACUCGGUGGUAUACCUUGCGGAGUGAUUGCUGUCGAGACCAGGACAGUCGAGCUGCAUUUACCCGCCGAUCCUGCCAACCUAGAUUCCGAAGCUAAGACCUUGUCUCAAGCUGGACAGGUUUGGUUCCCGGACAGCGCGUACAAGACUGCGCAGGCUAUUCAGGAUUUCGGAAGGGAGGAGUUGCCGCUCUUCAUCUUUGCUAAUUGGAGAGGCUUCUCUGGAGGCAUGAAGGACAUGUACGAACAAAUUGUCAAGUUUGGUGCAUACAUCGUCGAUGGGUUAAGGCAAUAUACUAAGCCGAUAUUCGUUUAUAUUCCGCCGAAUGGAGAGCUCAGAGGUGGUGCUUGGGCCGUCGUGGAUCCUACGAUAAAUCCUCGUUUCAUGGAGAUGUUCGCGGACAACACUAGCAGAGGUGGCGUCUUGGAAGCCGAUGCGAUUGUAGAGAUUAAAUUUCGAAACAAGGACAUUGUGAAAACUAUGCAUAGAGUCGAUCCUGUAAUAGUCAAGCUAAAGGAGAAAUUGUCGACCGCAACAGAAGACCGACUGGAGCUCGAGGCACAGAUUCGUAAACGCGAGAAGCUUCUAGAGCCAAUGUACCGUCAGGUCGCCAUUUAUUUCGCCGACCUGCACGACACGCCGGAGAGGAUGUUCGAGAAGAAUACGAUUCAGGAGAUAAUACCGUGGAAGAAAGCGCGAGGGUUGUUUUACUGGCGAUUGCGACGCAGGCUUCUGGAGGAGGAGAUUAAAAACGAGAUCUUGUCGACGCAGCCGAAUCUCGAUGUCAGGCAGGUGGGAGCGAUGUUGCGACGCUGGUUCAUCGAGGACAAGGGAACGACGGAAUCGUACUUGUGGGAUCAGGACGAGGCCGCGACCUGCUGGUUGGAGGCUCAACGUAGAACGGACGAUAGUGUCGUGUCGCGUAACAUUACGUGCGUGAAGAGAGACGCGGUGGUGACGCGCAUCAAGGAGGCUCUGGACAUCUGUCCGGAGAUUAAACUGGACGCUGUCCUGGAAAUUGCGCACAGAUUGCAACCGGCCGAACGAGCAGAGUUGCAGAGAACUUUGUCGCAGAUGGAGACAAGAGAGACGGGGCAGGAGCACCAAGACACGGACGUCUCGUCCUGAGUGUAUUUUGCGUGUAAGCACACUUGCCACGCGAACCUCAUUCAUUCCAGCUUGUUAAAUGCUCGUCGAUAGUACAAUUCAUCAUCAAAGACAUAACGUAAUUAUUUGUAUCGGUUUUCACAGAUAUUCUUUGUUGUCAAGGAUGAUUAAUCAAUUAUUGAUAAUCAAGUAGAAAAUGUUUCAAAUAGAUAGCGUGUUUCAAAGGCUUUUUAAAUUUCGACUUCGUUUCUGAAGGUCGAAGAAUCUCAACGGUUAAACCCUUGGUGAGGGCUGCACUCUUUCAAUUUAGAAAUUUUUAAAUUACUAAAAAAAUAUAUCGCGCUUUUAUGAAUUAGAUAGUUUGUUGAACGAUUUUUAUCGUAGUUUCCGAUAUAUCGAAAAUGCUCGAAAUACAUAUAUUCUUGAAAAUAAAUAUUUUAUUAAAUAGAGGAAUAAAAGCGCGUCACUGCCAUUCAUGUGACCGUGGUGAUGGUAUCUAUACCAUAUUUAUAGAUUAUACUUACAUCGUAAUGAGAUUCGAGAUACUGAAAAUAUCGCAUGUUCCUUCAGUUGCAUCUCUUUGUCAUGACUAUUAAACUUUUAUAAAUUAGGAUAUACAAAUCUGGAAAGAAAAUAUAAAUUUGUAUAAUAAAAUAAGUUAUUAAAAAGUUCAUACAAUCACAUAUCUUAUAAUUUAUUAAUAACGGUAUUAUAUUUAUAACGACAUUAUAGCAUAUGGAAUCUUAACACACAUCUUUCAACUUUCAAUUCCUUGAUUAUAACGCUUUGAUGAUAAGACACUACUUUCCUUAAUUUGAUAUUCUACACAUUGUAUCUGGAAGAACAUGCGUUACUAAAAAAUACAUGAUUCUGUGUUUAAUUACACACACAUACGCACACAUUUCUCGAAGGAAAUGCGAUUGUAACAUUACAAAAUAUUACAAACAAUAUCCUUAUGUAACAUUAUUUUAUGAUAUAUG